AUGCACAACAUCUGCGACGACCUCAUCUUCCAGGGCACGAUAAAAUGGUCGCAAGAGAAGGAUCGCAUACUGCUGGCACCGUAUGACUACCUAGACGGACAUCCGGGCAAGGACAUACGCUCUCUCCUGAUCGGUGCCUUCAACGCCUGGUUGCAUGUGCCCAAACCCAGCCUCGACAUUAUUACGAAAGUAGUCGGUAUGCUGCAUACGGCCUCACUGCUCAUAGACGACGUGGAGGACUCGUCUGUCUUACGUCGGGGCGUACCUGUUGCACACAGCAUCUUUGGCACAGCUCAGACCAUCAACUCAGCCAACUACGUGUAUUUCUGCGCACUUCGCGAGCUUAUGAAGCUGAACAACCCCCUGGCCAUCGAGAUCUAUAACGACGAGCUUCUCAACCUACACCGAGGUCAAGGCAUGGAUCUCUUCUGGCGAGACUCGCUGACAUGCCCUUCCGAACACGACUACCUGGAGAUGGUCGGUAACAAGACUGGCGGUCUGUUCCGUCUGGCUAUCAAACUCAUGCAAGCCGAGAGCAGCGUCGCUAUCGAUUGCGUUCCUCUGUGCAAUACCAUCGGUCUCCUCUACCAAAUCCGUGACGACUACAAGAACCUCUCCGACACCAUCUACACUCAAAACAAAGGCCUAUGUGAGGAUUUGACCGAGGGCAAGUUCUCCUUCCCUGUCAUCCACAGCAUCCGCUCGGAUCCGCAAAACCUCGUCCUCAUCAACAUCCUCAAACAGAAGCCGCAAGACGAAGAAAUCAAGAGAUAUGCCGUCAAGUACAUGGAGAAGACGGGUAGUUUCUUGUAUACCCGUCAAGUGCUUCGUGGUCUGGCGAAGAAGGCCCUUGCACUGGUUGACGAACUGGACCGAGAUCGUAACGAAGGCGAAGCGAUCCGAAAGAUACUCGACAAGAUGCAGGUCGACGAACCGCAUGUGGAGCAAGGAAGCAUCUCCUCCUCGUCAUCACCUUAG